AUGUCGCUUGUGAGGAUGAUCAGACAUCAAGUUGACGAUAUCGAAGAUGCUUUCGACAAUGCCCGGUGCAAGAGACAGACAUUAUGCACCGAAUUAGGUCAACAAGCGAAACAGUUGAAUGCGUCUCUUAUGCGCGCCACCUCAGAUGCGAACACUGUCCUUCAGCGCAUAGAUGCCACUCGACAGCAUCACCUGUUCAAUUCCUCGCGAACACUUCCGACUACGCCUUCCUCACAAUUUCUUUCCCUGUCUCAAUUAAAGAAGGAAGUAUCACGUAUGUCUGCGCAUCUGCUCGACGCUAUCAACGAAAGGUCUCUGAACAUCGAUACAAAUGAUCCAAUGGAUACUGCAUCUUUACCACUGCAAUUUCAUGGGUUACCCUCCGAGUCCUUGUUGGGUUCGAAUUGGGAUAACAUCGUGACCCAUGCUCGGGAAAUGAACCGUAAUAGUCGGAAGACAUUGAAGGCCUUGAGGAAAUAUCAAUCGAGACAUGGCUUGGUCCCAGAAACACUUUCAAACGCUAGAUUUGUCAAUGAGCUGAGUCAAGACGACGCAUAUACAUCUGAUUCAGCGUUCACUGAGUUCCCCAAGGAUAAUCUGAGAAGGGCUUGGGCAUCUGUAGAUAUUUUCGAACAAGAAGGGUUCCGGAGAUUAGAAGGUGCGCAGCAAACUUUGGAUGCUCUGCGGAUGAGCUGUGCAGAGCACUGUAGGACCCUUUCGAUCUUGAGCGAGACUGUUGAAGAUGUCGCUAGUCUCAUAAUUUCUAAGGAUGUAGUGAAAGGUGGCGCAUUGCAUCUUGACUCUGCAGUCGUUAUUCAACACUUCAAUCAUACGUCCUCCCUCACCAGCUUGUGGACAAUGGUAGCUGGUGUAAUGAUCAGAAAUCCUCAAUUAUCUAGUCAGCCAACCCUCCAACACUAUUACGAUCAUUUUCAAAUCCACAAGAACCCCGACUGGGAGUUAAGACUGACAUCGAAUGAAAGUCUGCGCUAUCUACUCGAUUGUUGGGAUAUCCGAUAUGAGUCACUCAACUCAGCACCACCACAAAUCACCCAUUUUACCCCCGUUCCUUUGCAGCAACAACUAUCGUUGGAGACUGCCACCGAUACGCUCACCGUGUUUGCCACUUCUCCAACCCACGUUGCUGCCGUGGGUUAUGACGAACCUGAUCUGCUUCGGAACCUUGCGCACACGCAACAGCAGCACUCCAUCUUAGACCACAGCCUUCCGUUAGAGACCAAAUGCAGCCCAUCUAUCGAGUUUCACGACUCCAACAAUGACAAGAUCGAGAUGAUUCGUCUCGAAUCUGCAGACAGCUUUUUACAAAAUGAAUUGUUGUCCGAUCCUUUGACAGAUUUUUCAGAAGGAAGCUGUACUCUGCUGGAAGAAUCCGCUGCGGUUCCGAGCUUGACCCCAACCAAGCUAUCAAGAAAUGGUCACCCUACAGAGUCUGAAUGUUCCCAAAUGGAGUGUUCGCCCUCUUUCAUCACGUUGGCACUAUGUGCGGAUGAUAACAAAGUAGUAGAGUCGACUACUCCUACUCAAAAGGCCACUCCGGCCUCGGAAAAAAUACCUGAUCCCCGCACUCCUCUCCAAUAUCAUAUUCGACUGGCAGCAACGGACUUCUCUCUUCUGGCAAUCUCGAGCAACAGCAUCUCUAUGCCGUUUUUGUUUAUCCGACGGCAGCAUCAAUAUUACGAGGUCUUGUACAAUUUUGGUGAGCUUUUGUUGUGUGUCUGGUGGAUAGCAGAUUGUAAGUCGACCGUCACGAUCAACACUCUUAUCUUCCACCUAUACAUGGGUGGUGACAUUGGCACACUUCGGUUAUGCGCCGCUUCACAGGAUGCGGUUUAUGCUCGUGUUAUGGGUUGCCUUUGUAAUGAUAAUAGGAGUUCUAGUCUUUUCGCAGCAACAGCAACCCCGAGAUGGAUUGAUGACAUAUCGACAGAACAAUUACCAGUAUAA